ACAGAUACACAAACACUCACAGAGAGAGCGCGAGUGAGAGAGCGAGAGAGAGCCCCUGCCCUCGUCUCGAACGCAGCAAAAGCAGCUUGGGGGGUUGAUUGAUUGUUUAUGGGGGGAAUCAUUAUUAUUAUCUGGAAUCAUCCACACAUACACAUGCAUCCUGGCCAUAAGUUGGCAGACCAGCCACUUGGGGCCUUUUUCCCUUUUCCCAGCCAGCCUUUCUCCCCUUCCUUCCCUUCCCAGCCCAGGCCAGGGCAGACCAGGCUUGCUUGCUUCUGUCAUAUCAUAUCAUAUCUGUCUCGUUCUCCGUUCUCGAGUCUGCAUCCCCUUCUGCCGUGCCCCAAUCCUUGUCUUCUUCCUUUAGCUGCAAAAAGUAGUACAUUCCUGCUUUUUGGGUUCUUUACCAACGGGAGGUGGGGAGGUGCUUGAAGUGGGAAUUUGGAACGAGAGAGAGAGAGAGAGAGAGAGAGAGAGAGAGGAAGGAGGAGGGUGUUGAAGGGUGGAACCUCUGGUGGUCAUUGUGUGCUUUACGGUGAAUCCAGAUUAUAGUGAUCUGUGUUAUUUUGAGGAGCUUCUGGGUCGCAGAUCUGGGGUUGGAGAUUUGGGGAGUGUUUAAGAGGGUUGGGAUUUCGUGGGUUUGUUUGUUGCUGUAGGGGGUUUGACUGGGCUCGGUGCUCGCCGUGGCAUCGUGUGGUGCGGUGUCGGUAAUUGGGUUUGGAGAAGGAGAAUGAGAAGCAGUGGAGGGACAAGAGUGUGGGUGGAGUGGUGGAUUGCGAUUAGGUGUAAAGACGGCGAGUGUUAGGAUCGAGGCUUCUUUCUUGGUUAUGGGCGGCAGUUUGGAAGGGUGGUUUUGGGUGUUUAUGAAACGCGUGAGGAGAAGUGGCAGCAGCGGGCGCGGCGGCGACGACGAGAUUUUGUAACGGAGUGAGAGGAGGUGACCUGUCGUUUCUAUUUUAGAGAUUACGAUUUUGGAUCCGGUUGCCAUUUCAGUUAUAAGUUGGGUUACGAGGAAUGGUAUCCUGUGAGUUACCGGUUGAAAUAGUGUCAUGGUGUUGUAGGGCUUCUACGCUUGCGUCACAUUCUUCGAUGAGUCGAUCGGUUUCAUGUGGGUGUUUAGAAGAGAGUAAUGUCCUCAGAAACCGGAUUGAAUUUCCCGGACGUGACUAAGAUCUGGAAUUCGUAUGCAAGUUGGAAGGAUUAGGAGGACGAGAGAUUUUAAAGACUGUUACUAUUUGUUUAUUGGUAUGUAUUAGUGGCAAGGUACUACCUGAUCGUAGUAGAUUCGAACGAGGGCUACACGAUGACGGCUUCAACUAUGACAGAGUGCAUCGGAAAGUGGAGGCCAUAGUUAUGGAUGCAUUAAGGUGUUUCUCUACGCAUGUAUCUCCUCGAGUUUGUCGAACGACCAUAGGUUGUCGACAUUGGAGACAACAACUUUCUUUCCCAUUGGCUUUUCAAAUACUUUGUAACGGCUGCCGAGUGAAUCCAGACUAAGUGCAAGCCACUGUGAGGAGCAUUGGGCAUUGAAUCUAUGGGAGGUUGGCCGUCCCCUGAAGCAGAAUCCUUCGUUAACCUGCCUUAGGGUCUGUGCGUCUGGGUGGGCUUCUUCUUGCUUCUCGAAUCCACUGGCCAGUUGGGGGGAUUGACGCCCUUAUAAACUCAUUAAAAUCGUUUUGUGCUUUUAAUGGGCUUAAAUCGAAGAUGUGGGAAAACCGGGAAUGGAGAUUUUGCCCGAUCAAUCGAAGUUAGCGCUGUCUUCAUGCUCCAAUCGUCAAUUGCUGUAGGCUUGCUAAACUGUCAAGUUGGGGUGGCGCGAAAGCUGGGCGCUCCAUCGUUGACAUGUGAAUGUAUAGCUGCAUUUUCCUCAAUAUGAAGUUUUUGUUGACAUUUUAUCAAGUCCUGUGAAGAAGUAUGGGAGAGGAUUUUGUGUCGGACGAUGAGUUUCACGAAACUUUCGAAGACAUCACUUCCUCGUCAAGCUCUGACAGUGCGGACGAAGGAAAUGGUCGAUGCGUAAGAAUGCGUGCUGCUGGAGUCGCUCCUGCUGUUGGCAUUGAUCGUCCCUCUAUCUGGACGUCUUCCGCUUUCAAAUCCAAAUUCUCUGUUUGGAAGGAUGUCCCUGGUACUAUCAAUGAACGCAGGGAGCGGUUCUUCAAGCAGAUGGGUUUAAAGGGCUUCAGAGACGACUCUACAGAUGCGCAUGAUGCUACUCUUGUGGGGGGAUUCGAUUCAAGCGAGGUGGGGUUAAAAACCUCCCGCACAUUGCGUGAAAAAGUCGCCACAGGAAUCCGUGCUGAUGAAUACGUUCUGGGUUUUCGGUUACGUGAUCCUUGGAUUCUGAAGCUUCGCUCGACAAAUGGGUUCACGGUGAAGCUAAUUUGUGAAAAGUGUGGGAGUAAGCGGAAGGGCGUAUUGACACAAGGCAAUGCACAUUUGGAGAGUUUUCGACCCGAGGAUUCAGGAAUACAUGCAGAACGAGCUUUAAGCUCAUUGUCUACGGAGAAUGGUUUCAAAACUGAUUCGGGCAUUGGUCACAAAGGCCCACAAGCUAAUCAUGAAAAAAAAGUUGCAGACACAUAUAGUAUUGCACGGGAAGGAGAUAGUGAACCAGACUCCAACCCUUCAGGUCCCAGGUUCUCCAUAUCUCCAGGUCAGAAAACAUGUGAUUGCGCCGAUUCUGUAACUAUUGAUGGAAUCCACCAUUUGGAUGAAAAUCGUGGAAACGGAUCCGAGUUUAUUUCUAAACUAGGCAACAUUCAUGAAACACUCAACAGCAACAGUUCUUCACCGUUAGAAAGUGCGCCUCGUGUAGAAUCGAUUUUCCAACAUGUAGCGUCCAGUUCCCAAGACAAACUUUUUCAGUUCCUCGAUACGGAUGGUGAAUACGAGAUUGGCAGCCCCGAUAGCCAAAAUCCAGUUGAGAAUUUAAUGGAGGAGCGUUUCAAAAUUCGGGACUUGGAUAGCGGAAAGCAAUUUCUAAUGAAAAAGUUCAAUAGAGAUGGGUCAUUGAAUAUGCUUCGAGAGAUUGGCACUGGCAAGGACUUGACGUUUGCUGAGUUCGAGAAGGCUCUGGGCCUGAUAUCCCCAGUCACACAAGAGAUGAAAAGGCGCCAACGAGUUUCUGAUGGUCAGAUCAGGUCAAAGAAUCCUGAAUCAAAGACAGACAACAAAGCUCCAGCUGUCACGAAAAGGAAGAGCUGGUUGAGAAAGCUGAAGGGUUCGAUGAAGAGAAAUUCGAAGGGCGGACUGGUCAAAUCUACAAGUGCACGAAGUGUUGCAGUUUCUGAUAGUGUUGAUGACACAGAUGCAUCUUCAGUGGCAGGCAGUCUUUCCGGCGAUGCAUCACCAAAACGGGACAGCUCGUUUGCAGGUCUGGAUAGGGGCGAGUUCACUAAACGUGGCUCACUCUCUGGGCUGCCUGUAGAUGACAUCGACGACUCUAUUCGGAGAAAACCGCUGAAGGUGAAAGUAAGACUGCGUCAGAAAAGUUCGAGAGACCUUUCUGAUCUUCAUUUGACCCAAGAGAUUCUAGCCCAUCAAGGUGCAAUAUGGACGAUGAAAUUUAGUCCUGACGGGCGCUAUCUUGCCAGCGCAGGCCAAGAUCGGGUUAUCCAUGUAUGGGAAGUUGUUGAUAGUCCAAUGAUGGCCGAGUCAGAUCUUUGGGGCGGCUUUGGAAAGAGUGACAGAGAGCUUGGGCGGAUGGAAGAUAGCCUCAAAAGCGCCAAGGCAGGGCAAGAUAGAAAUACGACCAAAAACGACAAUGAAGGAAGCACUAAGUGUGGAAAAGGGACUUCUCGAAAACAGAAAUCUACCAAUCUUAGCAAGGGCCCAGUUCCUAAGCUCUUCUGGCUCUCUGAGAAACCCAUGUGCUCUUUCAAGGGUCACACAGAGGAUAUACUAGACUUGUCAUGGUCUCAAAGUCAGUUUCUAUUGUCUUCAUCAAUGGACAAAACAGUACGUCUGUGGCAUAUUUCAUACGACGAAUGUUUACGGAUUUUUCCUCACAAUGACUACGUUACUUGUGCGCAAUUUAAUCCUCUUGAUGAUCGCUACUUUCUUAGCGGGUCGCUUGAUGACAAAGUGCGGAUUUGGAGCAUUCCCGAUCAUCAUGUAGUUGACUGGAGUGAUCUUCAAGAAAUGGUCACAGCUGUAUGUUACACUGCAGAUGGCAAGAGAGCGAUUGUUGGUUCUUACAAAGGGACCUGCCGUUUCUACAACGCCACAGGGAAUAAGUUGCAGUUGGAAGCUCAUAUAGAUGUACGCGAAGAAAGUAAAAAGGCACGGGGCAAGAAGAUCACUGGGCUACAUUGUAUGCCUGGGGAUCCUAAAAAAGUUCUUGUGACUUCAAAUGACUCUCGCGUCCGUGUGUAUGAUGGCUUGAAUUUGGUUGCUAAGUACAAAGGCUUGCGUAAUGUGAAAAGUCAAAUCUCAUCAUCCUUUUCACCAUCUGGAGAUUUCAUCGUCAGUGCGAGCGAGGACUCACGGGUUCUUGUAUGGAGUUCUUUUAACAAAGACACUUCAAACAAAACAUCUCUCUAUCGAAGGGACAAGCAACUAUCGUGUGAGGAGUUCACAGCACGCCAUGUAUCAGUAGCAAUUACUUGGCCAGAUUCUUCAGCUCGCUCAGCGUCUGAACCUCUCGGUCGAUCAGAUAGGUUUGGCAGUGUACAGGUUGCAAGUGAGUCCGAAUCGUCUCCGCCAAAGGAAGAGUCUUCGAUGGUUGCAGUGAAGUGCACAGAGGAUAACUCGAAAUGUCCAUCGUACUGUUUAGGACGAUCCCCUCUGGGAAUUUUUGGAUCUGGAAGAAAAAAUAGUGUCGCCGUGGCUGACGAACUCACCUCUACAAAGCAGGUUGAGUGUGAAAAUCUCGGAAAGCACGGUCAUCAGCUUGAUGCAUCCCCAGUAGAUAUUAGCGCUAAGGUGCCAGUACAAUCACUUUCAUUAGAAAACUCUCCUCCUCACCUGCAGCGGCGUCCAAGCUUCUUUCCCGAGGGCGGACUCAGAGGAACUGCCACUUGGCCUGAAGAAAAGCUUGAUUCCUUACGAAUGACUAGGCCCAACAUGACGCAGGCAGCCUCCAUCACUAGCAACAUAAGUACAGCCGAGGCCACCCCAACUCGGGACUUGGCUCCUGUUUCCGCUGCUUGGGGGCUAGUCAUCGUUACAGCAGGUUUGGGAGGUGAAAUAACAGCAUUUCAAAAUUAUGGCUUUCCUGUCCGACUUUGAAUGAAAUUGCGCUUGAUUCAGCGCUGGAACCCAUUUACUUUUGGCACAAUCUUGAUGAUGAAUUAGCUCUA